AUGUCAUUUUAUAGGCGCCUAUUUCGCAUCGUCUCCGCGACUCUCUUUUCCUUCCUUUCCAUUAUUCUCCUAGCCUUGACAAUCCUUUCCCCUGCAGAUAUUAUCUAUCAGUCCCGUCGAAACAACAGUCUAGGCAACAUCUUUGCCGUGAGUAUAGUGUAUUUACUUACUCUAUCAUUUUCCUUCGUGAUAUAUGCUGGCCGCUUGUUCACAAACCGUGGCGUUUUUGCGGCAAUCCCAAAGCCAUGGAUCCCCGUCGAGAAAGCAGACGUACCAGCGACUGUCAGAAGGCUUGUUGUUGAAGGCUUCCUCCGGAGCUCUGUCAUUGCCCAACAGGCCCGGCCAAGGGAUAUUAACCAGGACGAUACCUCUCAUCUUGACCAAUCCCUUCUAAUUCCAAGAGAUCAAGAUCCUCCUUGGGGCUCGAUUUCACAUGCGGGCUGGACGGCACCGCAUUGUCAAGAUCUUCCAAACCAGGAGUUUGAAGUAGUCAUCAAAGAACUUCCCCAUUUGAUAGAGGCCAAAGCUGUAUCUCUAGCUCCUAUGGACCCCAGGCCAGCGUCGCGACUGAAUCAUCAAGCUUCCAAUAACUUUCAGGAUAAUGAGAGAGGUCAGGAGGUGGUCCCAGAUAAACGUGUCGUCGAGAUAUUGCAGAGGCCAUCAAAUAUGUGCCUUCGUGACUACUUGAACCACCUCAACCGCCUUAACCUGAUUGACCCACCGCACCUAAUCCGAGAUUUUCUUCGGCUGUACGAGUGUUCGCGGUUCUCAGCGCGGCCGCUAGAGGAAAGCGAAUUUCGUCAAAUGAUAGGACUCUUUGCUGAAAUUUUACGGAGCAUGAAAGAAAUUGAUCCGUCCAUUAUUUCGGAAAUACAGUCAACGGACUCGUCUGAUCGCGGGGGAUCAGUUGUUGGCCAAGGUUCUUCUUACGGAAAUAGACCCGUUUUUUCAAGUUCCGACCCAUCUUUUGUAUCAGUUGAUGAGAAUAGGGGGCUUCGACCAUCUCGCUCGUGGUAUUCUUCGAUUUACUCGGCUUCUGAUAAGAGCAGCUUCCGUCUUGAAACAAAUGAUACACGCAGUGUGCGGGCACGGCGAACCCCAUCCACCAGAUCUUUACAGCUAGUACGCUCAAAUGCUUCCGUUAACUCCGGAGAAAGUGUCGUUCACCGCACAGUUUCUCAUGUAUGAAUAUGGUGGAUAACGGCCAAUUGUACACCACUCACCCCAAGUGGUGUUGUAUGUCUAUCAUGGGUCUCGAUGACUCAUAAUGUACAACCAGAGACUCGGCUGUCACCCUUGUCUAUAUUAUUAGAAAUACUCUAUAAUGGUGCCAGAAAUCUUACCAAAGGUUCAUCAGUGCCCAAUUUAAGCAGCUCUAAGAGAAGGAGUGAGCCGAGCUACUCUUAUGCGAGGUUCCCGGACGGACACUUCGAUGCGGAGUGCUCGGGCUCCAAUACCAAGCUUUGGUUAAUACUCUCUCGACUAUCCGACCUACAGCAUCUCGGCUGGCAAAGGAGCUAUGGCAGAUAUAAUUUCAUGCCAAAAAUCAUAUACCAGAUGAAAUAAGGUUGGGACUGGUAAGCAGUCUUUGCGACUUCUUCCACGGUAGAACAGGUCAAGAAACAGGCCAUGGAGAUAUCAGAUACUUCUUAGCAUUUAGAUACUAUUAACACACAUUGUAUCAACCCAGUUUUUUUCCCCACUGCUUCUAAAAACAGGAAAUACCCACUCAAGAUAUUGGAAUGGAAAGGUUUAUCAUAAUCAAUCACUUCUCCUGGCGUGCUGGGGAGAUUGAGUGUAGAGGCCUACCUAGACUUCCGUAUAGAAAUGGUGCUGUUCCGUAGUCUACCUAUUUACAAUAGCUUUCAACGGCUAGGUUUCCGGAACCUUGCGGUAAAACUUGGAAUGUUUAAGUAAAUUAACAUAGGAAACAGCAAAUAGACAUCGGUUGACACUUUGAGGGCGGGUCGUAUUUGGUUCGGCCAUGCGUCAAAUGUGCAAGUUUAUUUGCUGAGGGCAAGUAAAAACAAGGAUAUAUGUCAUCACUUGAGGCAUACAUGAACAUGCCAGGAUCAGAUUUCCCUUCGCCCGAAUAGAUGCCUCUGCCACUUUCUUUUUGCGGACUAAACCGUCCCCAACCAGGCUGGUCCACUUAGUUCUGCAUAUGCAGUGUGAGUUGGUUAUCUGCAAUGCCUUGGGGAGGAUGCCACGCCACACUGUCCUCCUUUUGAAACCUCAACUAAUGCCAGGGGUAUUUUUGACGGGUAUAUCCACUGCAUUUCCUCAAGUAUAAAGUUUGAGAAUCCAUACUUAGUCUCCUGUCAGUUAGUAGGGAACCGUUUGGUAUCAGAAGAAAGAAAAGAAUGGAAAAAGCUACUUGCUUAUGUAAAGAUAGUAUACACGUGAUAAGAGCCGGCGCCUAUUUUUCCGCCGAAGCGAGGCUCGGGUCGUCUAAGACGCAUCAGAUAAGAUAAAUUUCAAUCUUUGAUCUGAUAACCCCACAAUGCUCAACAGAUAUCAACAACAUAGUCCACUAUGCAGGCAUUCCUGAAGAGAGGACUCUCGUCACUCUCUCUAUCGGCGUCUUCGUCUCGAUCGAACCUAACUACAUCAACUGAUGGCCAAAUCAACGAUAUUCCGGCUGAAGCGGAUGUUGAUGAUGAGCCGAAAGAGGAGACGCAGGUAACUUUUACCACUGCCAGUGAAGAUGUGUUAUUCCCCAAAGUCCGGCCUGAACUAGACGGAGAAGAUUGUGACAGAGAUUGCGCAAGCUGUACGAUCCGGUACCCUGCGAAAUUUGUUGUGGACUUGGAAGACAAAUUAUACGGGAACGUCGCGGGAUGGGCAACCCACGUCCUUAU